UCGUAGCGCUUAAAAAGUGAAGCGACACGAGUCGCCACGGACGCAAGGAGAAAGCGCCAACGGAAAACCGUUUAUGACAUUUUGUUAGACUCAAAGCUAAAAAUAAUAACAGGCACACUCCCUCUUCGCACAAAGUUCUCACACGCUCCUGGUUUCAGAUCGGAGAAGAAAUGGCGAAAUCGAGCGCCGACGAUGCCGAGCUUCGGCGAGCGUGCCAGCUCGCAGUUGAGGGUACCAAGCACAAGGUCGUUCUCUGCAUUCGGACCGUCAAGACUCACGGCACGUGGGCAAAAUCUGCUAAGGUUCGCCAAAUGGCCAAGCCUAGGGUUCUCGUUCUAUGCACAAAAGCGAAAGGUCAGCGGACAAAAGCUUUUCUUCGAGUUUUAAAGUAUUCAACAGGAGGGGUGCUUGAGCCUGCUAAGUUAUACAAGCUGAAGCACCUCUCAAAAAUGGAAGUUGUAACAAAUGACCCCAGUGGAUGUACAUUUACACUGGGGUUUGAUAACCUUAGAAGCCAGAGCGUUGCUCCUGCACAGUGGACAAUGCGCAAUACGGAUGACAGAAAUCGCCUCCUCCUUUGUAUCUUAAAUAUCUGCAAAGAUGUCCUGGGUCGCUUACCGAAGGUUGUUGGUAUUGAUGUUGUGGAGAUGGCUCUUUGGGCUAAGGAAAAUACACCUGCAGUUUCCGCUCAAAGUAACCAACACGAUGGUGCUUCUAUUGCAUCUUCUGUGACUGAAUCAGAAUUGAAAGUCUAUGUUGAAAAGGAACUUGUCUCCCAGGCCGAGGAAGAGGACAUAGAGGCUCUUCUGGGAACUUAUAUCAUGGGUGUUGGUGAAGCAGAGGCAUUUUCUGAAAGGUUAAAAAGAGAGCUCCAGGCUCUGGAAGCAGCAAAUGUGCAUGCCAUUUUAGAAAGUGAACCUUUGAUAGAUGAGGUAUUGCACGGGCUUGAGUCAGCAACAAAUAGUCUGGAAGACAUGAAUGAAUGGUUAGCCAUGUUCAACGUAAAACUUCGACACAUGAGGGAAGAUAUUGAAUCAAUUGAAACCCGCAAUAACAAGUUGGAAAUGCAAAAUGUAAAUAACAGAUCUCUUAUUGAAGAGCUUGAUAAGCUUCUUGAGCAAUUGAGUAUCCCUUCAGAGUAUUCAGCAUGUUUGACAGGAGAUUCAUUUGAUGAAGCACAAAUGCAGCAAAACAUAGAAGCAUGUGAGUGGUUGACAACUGCCAUGCGUGGUCUAGAAGUGCCUAACAUAGAUCCUACUUAUGCAAAAAUGAGAGGAGUUAAAGAGAAGCGAGGAGAACUUCAAAUAAUAAAGUCUACUUUUGUUGGGAAAGCUUCUGAGUACAUGAGAAAUUACUUUGCUACUUUUGUGGACUUUAUGUUGAAUGAUAAAAAUUACUUCUCUCAGCGAGGGCAGUUGAAAAGGCCAGAUCAUGCUGACUUGAGGUUCAAGUGUAGGACAUAUGCGCGCCUUCUUAAGCAUUUAAAGAUUCUUGAUAAGAAUUGUUUGGGUCCACUGAGAAAAGCCUAUUGCAGUUCUCUAAACUUGCUUCUUCGAAAGGAGGCCCGGGAAUUUGCUAAUGAACUUCGUGCUGGUGUGAAAACUUCUAAAACCCCCUCUGUUUGGCUUGAAGUCUUCACGGGAUCCGGUCAAAAUGUAAAUCCUGCUGACACUGCAACAGUUUCUGAAGCAUAUGCAAAGAUGCUCACGAUUUUUAUCCCACUCUUGGUGGAUGAGAGCUUGUUUUUUGCACACUUUAUGUGCUUUGAAGUUCCUUCAGCUGUUGAUGGUAAUAAAACUACACACAAUGAUGAGGAUGAUGAUGGUAUUGCAUCUGGUAAAAUUGCUGUGGAUCUUGCAGCUUUAAAUGAAUCACUUCAGGAUUUGCUUGAUGGAAUUCAAGAAGACUUCGGUUCUGUUGUGGACUGGGCAUACAAGAUUGAUCCUUUGUGCUGCAUAUCAAUGCAUGGAACUACAGAGCGCUAUCUCUCGGGUCAGAAAGCUGAUGCAGCAGGAUAUGUACGCGUUUUGCUUGAUGACUUAGAGGCUCGCAUAUCCUUUCAGUUCGGUCGAUUUGUGGACGAUGCUUGCCAUCAAAUUGAAAGAAAUGAGCGCAAUGCUCGCCAAACAGGUGUCCUACCAUACAUUCCUAGAUUUGCAGCCCUUGCAACUCGGAUGGAACAGUUUGUUGCAGGACAGUCGAGGGAUUUGGUUGACCAAGCCUACACAAAAUUUGUCAGCAUAAUGUUUGUAACUUUAGAAAAAAAUGCACAAGCAGAUCCGAAGUAUGCAGAUAUUUUUCUCAUAGAAAACUAUGCCGCAUUUCAGAAUAGUUUGUAUGACCUUGCAAAUGUUGUGCCCACUUUAGCGAAGUUUUAUCAUCAAGCUAGUGAAGCCUACGAGCAAGCUUGUACACGCCAUAUUAGUGUGAUUAUCUACUAUCAAUUUGAACGCCUUUUCCAGUUUGCUCGAAAGAUCGAGGACUUGAUAUUGAAUAAUGUUGCACCUGAAGAGAUUCCUUUCCAAGUUGGGCUGUCAAAAGCGGAUCUACGGAAGACGUUAAAGUCCAGUUUAUCCGGGGUGGACAAGUCCAUUGCUGCCAUGUAUAAGAAAUUGCAGAAAAACUUGACUUCCGAGGAACUCUUACCUUCCUUAUGGGAUAAAUGCAAGAAGGAUUUUCUUGAUAAGUACGAAACUUUUGUCCAACUUGUUGCCAAGAUAUACCCAGCUGAGUCAGUCCCUUCUGUGGGGGAGUUGCGAGACCUUCUAGCUUCCAUGUAAAUCUUUAUUUAUACACAUUCUAUCAUUUUUCCAUUUUUUUUUGGGCCUGUAAUCACGUAAUUGGAUUUACUUGACCAUAAUGCAUCCUGAAAGGAAUGCGGUCAAUAUUUAGCUCAUGUUUAAUUUUCAUAUUUUUAUUACUGUUGCUAUGUCAUGAACUGCAUAAUUUAAAAAUGUUUAUAAUAAGUUUUUACUG